GCAGGGCCGCGGUGGCGGCGCUCGGCGAGGGUAACAAUGGCAGCGGCGGUGGCGGCGGGCGGCGGCGGCGCGGGGCCCGGAGCCGCGGCGGCGGCGGCGGCGGCAGGCGCCGGCGCGGGGCUGGCGGCGCUCUCGGUGGCGCGGCGGAAGGACGGCGGCCCCACGGGCAAGUUCUGGGAGAGCCCGGAGACGGUGUCCCAGCUCGACUCGGUCCGCGUCUGGCUCGGGAAGCACUACAAGAAGUAUGUUCAAGCAGAUGCUCCUACCAAUAAAACUCUGGCUGGGCUGGUAGUGCAGCUGCUGCAAUUCCAGGAAGAUGCCUUUGGAAAACAUGUCACCAAUCCUGCCUUCACAAAGCUUCCUGCAAAGUGCUUCAUGGAUUUCAAAGCUGGAGGUACAUUAUGUCACAUUCUUGGUGCUGCUUACAAAUAUAAGAAUGAACAGGGCUGGCGGAGGUUUGACCUGCAGAAUCCAUCCCGAAUGGAUCGAAAUGUGGAGAUGUUCAUGAACAUUGAGAAAACACUAGUGCAGAACAAUUGUCUGAGUAGACCAACCAUCUACCUCAUUCCAGAUAUAGAAUUGAAGUUGGCUAAUAAAUUGAAGGACAUUGUCAAACGUCACCAGGGAACAGUAACUGAAGAGAAGUCAAAGGCUACCCACCAUGUUUAUCCAAGUCCUACCUCACUGGAUGAUGAUGAGUGGUUGAGACCUGUGAUGAAAAAAGACAAGCAGGUGCUGGUACACUGGGGUUUUUUUCCAGACAGCUAUGACACUUGGGUUCAUGCUAAUGAAAUAGAUGCUGAAAUUGAGGAUCCUCCAAUUCCUGAAAAGCCAUGGAAGGUUCAUGCCAAGUGGAUUUUGGACACAGACAUAUUCAAUGAGUGGAUGAAUGAAGAGGAUUACGAGGUAGAUGAGAACAGGAAAUCAGUGAGUUUUCGGCAGAGAAUCUCCAUGAAGAAUGAAGAGCCUGUGCGUAGUCCAGAGAGGAGAGACAGGAAGGCAGCAGCAAGUACAAGGAAGAGAAAGCAUUCUCCCUCUCCACCUCCCACUCCAGUGGAAUCAAGAAAAAAGACAGGGAAGAAAGGACAAGCAGCCUUGUAUGGAAAAAGGAGAGGGCAGAAAGAAGAAGAUGAACAAGAAGAUCUUACUAAGGAUAUGGAGGACCCUACACCAGUUCCCAACAUAGAAGAAGUAGUACUUCCCAAAAAUGUGAACCCAAAGAAAGACAGUGAAAACACACCUGUGAAAGGAGGAACAGUAGCAGACCUAGAUGAACAGGAUGAAGAGACAGUGACAACAGGAGGAAAGGAAGAUGAAGAUCCUAACAAGGGUGAUCAAAGUCGAUCAAUUGAUCCAGGUGAAGAUAACGUCACAGAACAGACCAACCACAUCAUUAUUCCAAGCUAUGCAUCAUGGUUUGACUACAACUGUAUUCAUGUGAUCGAACGUCGUGCUCUUCCUGAAUUCUUCAAUGGAAAAAACAAGUCCAAGACUCCAGAAAUAUAUCUGGCUUACCGCAACUUCAUGAUUGAUACCUAUCGCUUAAACCCUCAAGAGUACUUGACCAGCACUGCCUGCAGAAGGAACCUGACUGGAGAUGUGUGUGCUGUCAUGAGAGUACACGCUUUUCUGGAGCAGUGGGGUCUUAUUAAUUACCAAGUGGAUCCAGAAAGCCGUCCCAUGGCAAUGGGCCCUCCCCCUACUCCUCACUUCAACGUGCUUGCUGAUACACCCUCUGGACUUAUGCCUCUCCAUAUCCGCACUCCACAGAUUCCAGCUGCUCAGCAGAUGUUGAGUUUCCCAGAGAAAAACAAAGAGAAGCCUACUGAUCUGCAGAACUUUGGGCUUCGCACAGACAUUUAUUCAAAAAAGACUUUAGCAAAGAGUAAAGGUGCAAGUGCCGGAAGAGAAUGGACAGAACAAGAGACAUUGCUGCUAUUAGAAGCUCUAGAGAUGUACAAAGACGACUGGAACAAAGUCUCGGAGCAUGUUGGGAGCCGCACUCAAGAUGAGUGUAUUCUACAUUUUCUGAGACUUCCUAUUGAAGACCCGUAUUUGGAGAACUCUGAUGCAUCUCUUGGUCCACUGGCCUACCAACCUGUACCUUUCAGCCAGUCUGGAAAUCCAGUGAUGAGUACUGUUGCUUUUCUGGCAUCUGUGGUGGAUCCUCGGGUGGCAUCAGCUGCAGCAAAGGCUGCAUUAGAGGAGUUUUCUCGAGUCAGAGAGGAGGUACCCCUGGAACUAGUUGAAGCUCAUGUAAAGAAAGUACAGGAGGCAGCAAGAGCCUCUGGGAAGGUGGAUCCAACAUACGGACUGGAGAGCAGCUGCAUUGCUGGAACAGGUCCAGAUGAGCCAGAGAAGAUCGAUGGGGUUGAAGAAGAAAAAAUGGAAACGGACGCAGAUGGCCAACAGUCUGAAAAGGUUGAAAACAAAGGGGAAAGUGAAAUUGAGGAAGGUGAUAAAAUACAAGAAGGAGAAAAUGAGAGAAAUCCAGAAAAAGAACAAGAUAGUGAAGUGACUGCUGAUGCCAAGCCAGAAGAGAAGGAGGCAGAAGAGAACAAGGAGAAUGUUGAUGCAAGCAAAGACAAAGAGAAUGAGGCUGGGAAGAAGAAAGUGGAACAUGAAAUUUCAGAAGGAAAUGUAGCUACAGCUGCAGCUGCAGCUCUUGCCUCAGCUGCCACCAAAGCAAAGCACCUAGCAGCAGUGGAAGAAAGAAAGAUCAAGUCCCUUGUCGCUCUUUUGGUGGAAACACAGAUGAAGAAACUGGAGAUAAAACUUCGUCAUUUUGAGGAGUUGGAAACCAUUAUGGACAGAGAGAAAGAGGCAUUAGAACAACAGAGACAGCAGCUGCUGACAGAACGCCAGAAUUUUCAUAUGGAGCAACUGAAAUACGCUGAAUUAAGGGCUCGUCAGCAAAUGGAGCAGCAGCACAGUCAGAACCCACAGCAGUCUCACCAGCAUUCCAGUGGGCCUGGCAUGAACCCCCUUGGAGCACCAGCACAUCCAGGCUUACUGCCUCAUCAGCAGCCCCCUCCAUACCCAAUGAUGCACCACCAAAUGCCACCACCUCACCCACCACAACCAGGUCAGAUACCAGGGCCAGGUUCGAUAAUACCUGGACAGCCAAUGCCAGGCCGGAUGAUGCCAAGUGUGUCAGCCAACAUCCAUCCAGCUGGUAGCGGUCCUCCUCCACCUGGCAUGUCACCGAUGUCGGGAAACCUAAUUGGACCUCGCGUUCCUUUAGCAGCUCCAAAUGGCAUGUAUCCCCCUCCUGCACAGCCACCUCCACCAGCAGAAGGGGUGACCCCACCUCCAGCAGGAGCCCCACCGGCUUCAGUAGCUCCUUAAGUGGUCAAGAAAGAAGGAACUUCUACAGCAGCAUAGUGGUGACCAAAAAAUGAAUUCCUCAGUUACCUUCUGUUCCCUUUGGAGGUUUUUGCCUCUGGUUGGCCUGCCCCUGUCGUGUAUGUGUGCGUAUACAUACACAAGUACAAGCACAUGCACAGUGUCUCCCCUCACUGCCUCCACUACUCUUAGCUUGGCAAUACCUGGCAUUCCUUUGGGAAACCUUUGAUCAAAGGUGCCAGUAAUGCCUCCAUAUUGCUGGCAGGAAGUCCUUUAUGCUUUGGUCUGCUUGCCUUUCAGAGUGUGCUUGACUCUGGUUUUCUUUCAUCUUGGUGUUUUGAGCUUUGAGUUCUCCUGGGGAGGGUAAAAAAGUUUUUAAGGUGGAGGCAUUAACUGAGCUUUUAGGAUGUAGCAGAUGCCCUCUCCACCUGUGAUUUAAUGUUUUAGGUUCUCCAGGUAAAGUGAGCAAAGCAUCACGAUUGAAUGCCAAACCAGUGAUUUGGGCAGAAAAGAAAAAUAAGGGCAUGCUGUAGCACAGAAGGUGCAGGAAUGCCAGCUAUAUUCAUUACAGAUACCUGAUCAUUAAGGACAGUAGCUGAGUCCUGGGGCUGCCUCACUAACUUAUUAAAGAAAAUAUUGAUCCAGUGCGAAUGAAGCCAGGAGUGAAUCAAUUGGAAUAAAACCACUCAAUGGUAGGAGUUUUCUUGCUCCAGUUUUUACUUUUUCUUUUUUCUUCUUCCUUUUUUUUUUUUUUUAAUCCUUUGAAGGUGGUAGUUGAAUCUUCCCUCUGAGUAGUUUGGUACAGUAGCCAACUGAGGGAAAAAAAAACAAACAUGAUUUUUAGACCCUCUUUUUGGAGCAUAUACUUUUUACUUUUAAAAAAUGAACAAAAAAAGUAGAUAGUGAUGAAGUACUAGCAUAAGGGAUUGGGUUGGGAUGGCUGGGGUGUGAAUACCAGAACUACCUCCUGCAGACAGCCGAGGUGGGCAGGAUUCAGUGAACGUGGUACGCUUCUUCUGGAAUUGGAGGUGAGAGAGCUGCUCAAUUCACACAUCACCUUCCACUCACUGACCUCCAUCAGCCAAUUUAUCUGUGGGGCUGUGCGUAAGGGAACGAGUUCAGCAGGCAAAUCCAAGAGCACUCUUUGAGACCACCAGUGCACCAGUACUGCUAAUACAGACAUGUUCAGUACACCAAAAACUGCUUUGUUUGCUAGUUGUUAGUGGCUGCAAAAGAAUCCUUUGCCAGCUGUAUGGUUCAGAUUCACUGCGUCCUUCCUAGGAGAAGAGGGUUUGACAGGUUUCCUCGCCAAAGCUCUGAAGACUGCUCACUCAUUUAAGGGGUGGCUUUGAGUGACCGAGUGCAAGGUGGUGUUCUAAAGCUUGACCGGGGAGAUGUCUCCCAAAUAAUCUGGAAACUUGCAAAACCACUUAAAAUAAGGUGUAAAAGAAAAAAAAGAGAAGAAAAGAAGAAAAAGAUUUGCUUUGAAGAGCACUCAGGUGUUUGACUCCUCCAUGUUAAUGAUUGAACUUCCCAGAUCCUGAGAGUGUAUGUGUGGAGUAACCAUUUCUGGGCUGUCUGCACAUCAGCUGCGUGCUCAGACGGUUGUCUACGGCCUUGUUACUUCCAGUGCAUAGGAAUAACGCUUUCCACUGUCAAGCUCUAAGAAUCCACAGUGCCUAGCAGAGAACGGUCAGGGCCUGCCUGCCUCCCACCUCUCAUGAGGAAUUCAUGCCUAAUGUUCCUUUUCCUUCCAGGGUCUUUGGGGUGAGCAUGGAAUUUGGGUUCAGACCGUAGUCUGGUUUAGAAUAACCUCAGGUUGUUUUUAGUGUGAUCAAAUAUAAAGGAUCCAGAUGGAGACUAUUUUUUACUGUACUAGUGAUGAUCCUACAGAGUACCUGAAUUCUUGACACUGUUGUGUUUCUGUAUAAAUAAUACAUGUGCUGACUUUUUCAUCUGAUCCUAUGUAUAGGGCCGAUUUUAUUCCUGCAACACAGCCACCCAAUUUUGUGAAAUAAAAAAAAAAAAGUGUUUUUUGUACAAAA